AUGAAGCUUCUUUCUACAGUCGUCUUGGCUUUGUCUUGUGGCCUCGUCCACUCGAGCCCUACGUCAAGGGCUGCCAAACCACCACGAUUCUUCCUCAUUGGAGACUCUACCGUCGCUGUCAAUGGCGGUUGGGGCGACGGACUCCUCUCAUACCUCAAAGCGCCUGCUAAAGGCGACAACAGAGGUGUCAGUGGUUCUACAACCGUAUCUUGGAAAUCCAGCGGCCGCUGGGAUGCACUUAUCCGAGACAUCAGCUCUGCCAAGGGUGACUUUGAACCCGUGGUUACGAUCCAGUUUGGCCACAACGACCAAAAGGUGAUGCAGUUGGACGAGUUCCAUUCUAACCUGGUCAACAUUGGUAACAAUAUAAGAAAAGCGGGAGGGACACCAAUCUUCAUCACAUCAUUGACGCGCCGCACAUUCUCGGGUGGGCAAGUUGUCGAAAACUUGAAGGACUGGGCUGCCGAAACAAUCGCCGCUGCUGGAGAUGUUGGCGCAGAGUAUCUUGAGCUUAACAAAGCAAGCACAGACUAUGUCAACGCAAUCGGGGCGCAAAACGCUGACUCUUAUAAUUGGGGCCCUGGCGAUAGAACGCACCUGAACCCUUCUGGCGAGAUCGUGUUUGGACGCAUGGUUCUAGAUUUGUUACUGGAGAAGCGCAGGGACUUUGCCGUCUAUUUUAAUUCGAACGAGGCGCUGAGUGAAAAGAUCAAGAAGGGGGAGUAUGCAACUGGAGGAGAAUGA